AUGGCUGUCCUUCCAGGAGUAAGACUCCAUAGUCCGAAUCUGCUGCUGGGCGAGCGCUGCUGGGAUCGAUCCGUCGGUGGGAUGACAUGUUGCCGCACAAAUACUACGGGGCCCCACAUGUGUGUCUACCUGGAGUUCGAUGAGGAGAUGACGCUUGAGCAUGCCCUGACCAGCUUACUGCCCAACACCUGGUGUGCUGACCUCAUCGAGCAGAAGAACCUGAGGAAGCCUGAGUACAAACAGACUUGUACUCGUGAGUUCGAGCUCUACCGGAACCGACUGGUGGACCUCCUGGCCGUUGCUCGAGGGCCUCGGCGUGGAAAGAGUCCCCCUUGCAGCCCCAAGCUGAACCUUCGGCCGGGGGAGUCUGGAGCACAGGUGGACAAUCUGUCGGAAGAGGAAGUUCAGGACGCCAUGCAGCUCAAGCGGCUCCUCUACCGAGGUUCAGCGGUCCGUAGCACUGCACCCAAUGCUCUUAACGUUGAGAGUUCGCGAUCACACUUGAUCUUCACCAUCAAGGUGACCACCAUUGAUGGCCCAGAGCAACUCACUGGGAAGCUGGUGCUGUGCGACCUGGGCGGCUCUGAGCGGCUCAAGAAGAGUGAGGCGACCGGGGAGCAGCUGAAGGAGGCCAUUGAGAUCAACCGCUCCUUAACGGCCUUGGGCGACGUCAUCGAGGCGGUGGCCGAGAGGAAGAGACAGGUGCCCUACCGGAACCACAAGCUCACACAGCUCUUACAGGACUCGUUGGGUGGCACGGCCAAGACCCUGAUGUUCGUGAACUGCUCCCCUGCGAGGGCCAUGAGCCUCAACUACGCGCUGCGCGCCAAGCGGGUCGUCAACGUGCCUCGAAAGGUCUGGGCCUCUCGAUAA